AUGCCCCCCAAAUCCACAAAGCCAAAGCCAGCGCCACCCACCGCAAAGCCCGAACCAACAAACCCAGCCCCGAAACCCCUCCCCACCGACCUCCCAAUCCACACCUUCCCCACCGCCGCCUCCUUCUCCUCCUUCCUCUCCGAAAACCACAAAACCCUGCCAGGCCUCCACCUCAAGCUCGCCAAGAAAUCCAGCGGCAUCGCAUCCAUCAGCGCGCCCGAAGCCGUCGAGGUAGCGCUAUGCCACGGCUGGAUCGACGGGCGCGCGAACGCGCUGGACGAGAAAUACUGGCUUGUGCGGUACACGCCGCGGCGGAGCAAGAGCAUGUGGUCUGCGAAGAAUGUCGCUACUGUGGGCCGGCUGAUUGAGGAGGGACGCAUGACGGAUGCGGGGAUGGAGGCUGUGGAGGCGGCGAAGAGAGACGGGCGGUGGGAACGGGCGUAUGAUGGGCCGGCGGGGAUUUCUGUUCCGGGGGACUUGAGGGAGGCGUUGGAGGGGGAUGAGAGGGCGAAGAGGGCGUUUGAGGCGCUGGGUCGUGGGGAUUGGUAUCGGGUGCUGCAUCGGUUGCAGACGGGGGCGGCGGCGAGGAGGAAGGAGAGGAUUGAGGGGGUUGUGAGGAUGUUGGCGGGCGGUGAGGUGGAGGGACGAAGAGCGACGGCGAAGGUGACGGCGAAGGCGAAGGCGAAGGUGUCGUCGUCAGGGAGUUCGCAGUCGUUUAGGAUCGAGAAGAAGACUUUGCUCAGGGAGGGGAGGAAGGAUGGGAAACGCGGCGUGGCGAAAGUCAAGAAGCGGGUUGAGCGCGUCGAUGGUGAGGCUUCAUUGUCUGGUGCAGUUUCUAGGCAACUGCGGCCGAGAAACCGCGUCAAGUAG